UCUAAGUUAACAAGGACAAGGAGUGUGGUGUUUUGGCUUGGAUGGGUUCUUUUGUGUAGCGCUGAGGGAGAAAUCAAGGCCCAACUGACAGAUAGGAAUUGUGGUUCAGAGGUAAGACUGUCUGGAAACUUAUGAGGCCGAAAUUUGGUUGAAUUCGUCUUUAUUUCCAAUGAAAGAUAUGUGCGGGGGCUGAUGGGAAAUGUGCUAUGCUGUUCGGUAGAACGAGGUUCAGAUCUAACCAGGAAGGGUGUUGUGUCAGCGAUGGCGAGUGGCACACGAGUGCGAAAUCCACAACCAAAAACCAACUUUGUUAAUUUUAUCAGCCUGAUACAGGGAGCACUGGCCACUCCCAAGCUUGUUGUGGACAGGAAAACGAUUGAAAAAUCAUGGAAGCUUAUGGACAAGGUUGUAAAAUUAUGUCAACACCCACGGAUGAACCUGAAGAACAGUCCACCUUUCAUUUUGGACAUCUUACCCGACACUUACCAGCAUUUAAAGCUGGUGUAUAACAGACAUGAUGAUAAACUGCAGACACUGAAUGAGUGCGAAUACUUCCGAAUAUUUAUUGAAAAUCUUAUGAAUAAAUGUAAACAGACAAUAAAACUGUUCAAGGAUGGGAAGGAAAAAAUGUUUGAUGAGCAGUCCCAUUACAGACGUAACCUGACAAAGCUGUCUCUAGUCUUCUCUCACAUGCUAGCCGAGUUGAAGGCUAUCUACCCCAGUGGCAGUUUUGCUGGGGAAACCUUCAGAAUUACCAAAAGUGAUGCCUCAGAUUGGUGGAAGCGAUCAUUUGGGGACAAAACAAUUGUGCCAUGGAAGGUGUUCCGUCAAAUCCUGAAUGAAACUCACCAGAUCAGCUCACCUUUGGAGGCCAUGGCCCUGAAGACAACCAUAGACCUUACCUGUAAUGACUAUAUUUCCUGUUUUGAAUUUGAUGUAUUCUCAAGGUUAUUCCAGCCCUGGACCAAUCUGCUCAGAAAUUGGAAUGUGUUAGCUGUAACCCAUCCCGGUUACGUGGCCUUUCUGACCUACGACGAGGUCAAGGCCAGAUUGAGGAAAUAUGUGAAUAAACCAGGAAGCUAUGUGUUUCGUCUGAGCUGUACCCGUCUUGGCCAAUGGGCGAUAGGCUAUGUGACAGCGGAGGGGCAGAUCCUGCAGACUAUACCCCAGAACAAGUCCCUGUGUCAGGCUCUACUGGAUGGACAGAGAGAGGGCUUUUUCCUGUACCCAGAUGGUCGGAAUAUCAACCCAGAUUUGAGUUUCCUGGUGCAGGACUGCCAGGAGGACCAUAUAAAGGUCACCCAGGAGCAGUAUGAGCUGUAUUGUGAGAUGGGCUCCACAUUCCAGCUCUGUAAGAUAUGUGCUGAGAAUGACAAGGAUAUAAAGAUAGAACCAUGUGGUCAUCUGCUGUGUACGCCAUGUCUAACGCAGUGGCAGGAUUCUGAUGGUCAGGGCUGCCCGUUCUGCAGAUGUGAGAUUAAGGGGACAGAGCAGGUUGUGGUUGAUCCAUUCAGCCCAGACAGUACCAGGAAGGCUGGUGUUAACCAGGACAUGGAUGAGGAUGACACUUUGGAGGAUCCCAGCCCAUGGCUGAGUCACAGUAAUUUACAGACUUUAUCUCAUACAUCCAGAGAUCAGUCAAGUAGUCGUCUGUCUCCACUGGCAUCUCCGAGUGCUUCCCGACGAGAAGCCCCUCCCCCUGUUCCUCCACGCCGGUUUUCUCCUGUCGCCAGCCCCACUACAUCCCCAACAUCCUCCCCACAACCACCCAGUCGGCGUAAUCUCCCCCCGACUCCCCCUUCCCCAGAUGAUGAUAUGUACACGCUGUGUGACAUGAUGGCUGGUAGUAAGGCACCUGGCCAGAAAAACGUGCCCGUAGAUGUGGACAACACUGGUGCGUCAGUAUUCUAUGCAGAGCUGAGAUAUGAGAACACAUCCACCCCUCAAACCGCAGGGGGUGAAGGUAGCCCUGGUCAGGACUAUGAUAAACCUCUGGCAGGUGUGCACCCCAUACUGCCAGAGCCCACAUCCACAGAUGAUGACCAGUCCUACCAGAACACUCCAGCAGAAGUGACAGAGGCUUCUUCAAGUUCUAAAGCUGCUCCAAGACGGGUACCGAGUGAAUAUGACUUUCCACCCUCAGUACCACAACACAGAACAACAGGGGGGAUAACUCCUACCACAGAGGAGAACUCCAAACCAAGGAAAGCUGCUGAGAGUAUACAGCAUAUGGAUCGCCCACAACCGGCCCCUCGAGGGAAACUGUGUGAUAGACAGGACAACAAGGAGAACAACAGUCUCAAUGAGAUGUACGUGGAUCAGCUGGUGGGCCAGGGCUAUGACAGACUGCAGGUUCUAGAGGCUUUACGCGUCUCACGCAAUAAUCUGAAAAUGGCAGAGGAGAUUCUAGAAGCAUUCGCUCGGCGACAUUAGGAUGUUUCUUUCAGGCCUUCAGUGAUGAUACCAUGAUUUACUACGAGUUUGCUGUGCAAGGCUGUCACAGGAGGAAGUGGAAUGUUCAAGGGACAUAACUCUGUACACCAUUUGUGGACUCCCUGACAAUUUGGACAGAGCAGAUAAAGUGCUGUUAAGCAGCUAUAGCUGGCGUACUGUAUGGCAGUCCUCUGAGUGGAGGCAGACUGUCCGUGCAGUAGAAUAUCCUAGUGUUGUGACUAAAGCCCCUGGGUGCACGGGUGAAGGGAUUUCUUUCCCUUACUGUCUGUUGUUGAGGUAGAUUGGUCCACCUUACAUUGCAUAAGUGCUUACGGCAAAAACAAACUGAUGACACAAUGUGUCUUGUAAGCUUCUGGGACUGUAUUGCUGCUACUUACAUUUCUUGUUCUGCUUUAGAUAAUAGACUUUAGUACCAGAGAACAGCUCUACUUAACAGGUGAUUUUUACUUUUUAAUGGAUAGGUAAAGUUAAGUUGUUAUUUGUAUUUCCCAUGACAUUUGGUGCCCAUUACACUAGAGUAUGUUGAUUCUUAUUUCUAUUUUUCAUUGAAUUUUUUUUUCUCACUCUCCACCAUAUCAUCUGAACAUUUUAAAUCAAACUAUGUCAAAAUGGUGAUAAAUGUAAGAAAUGUGUUGCUUUUAAGUGGUUUAUGGUGUACAGCCCAGAUUGGUUGCAUUUAUGCUCAAUGCUGAUGUUAAGCUGAAUGCUGAUGUUAAACUGAAUGCUGAUGUUAAGCUGAAUGCUGAUGUUAAGCUGAAUGCUGACUUUAAGCUGAAUGCUGACUUUAAGCUGAAUGCUGACUUUAAGCUGAGUAGUCUUUGUACAGAUCUCACGUCUGUUCUUAUGUACAACACCUCGCUUGUCAACUGAGCACUUUCUACAACUUCUGCAGCUGGCACCUUGAUUGGUCUGCUUAGCAUUGACUGUGGUUAAAGGAAGUAAGCUUAUGACACUGACGUAGAUGAAAUAGCUACUUAUAAGUUAGUUCCGUGACACUUUUGAUGUUUACAUGACCUUGACUGCCGUGUAGAGCACAUUGAAUCAUUUGUAUCACCAUAUUGUGUAUUACAUGUAUUUGUUUGCUUCAAAAGCUAGACUUUGAAGAAUCAUCAAUUAAUGAGGAAGUACUGGGGAAACAUAAGCUGCUGGAUCAGUGAUUCAAAAGGAAAUUUAGAGGCCCUGUAGAUAGAGAAUGAGGUGUUAACUUUUUUGUCUAUGCAUUCUCUGGAAAGAAGUUUUAAUGGAAGCCCUUUUGAUAGUUUAGGAUGUUCAUUUAAAUUAGUUAUCAGUUUAUUCCGUGUACUGCAGUUAAAAUCACCCAAACUUGCAUGAUAUGAUACAAACAUCUGUCAGAGUCUCAGCAUUGAAUGCUUUAACUCUGAUUCUAUUAUUAGACUGUGAGAUGAAUACUCCAGUACUAUGCUGAUUUGCCAGCAAUACAGAAUUAGUAUUUUGCAGGCACUUCCUAAAGUUACCAUUUAUUGGAAUUCAGAUGUCAUUAAAUACAUACAAAGCGUUAUAUUUAGGCAAGACACAGUGUGCUACUUCUGUGCACAGGCUUAAAAAUUGAACACUAUGGGUAAGUGUUUGUGAAGUCCUUGUAACAGUAUAAAACUGUGAGCAGUUGUAUGAAGAUACUUUGACUUGGUGUGCCAUGGAUAAAGCACAGGGUAUGACAUACAGCUAUAAUGCUAUUGUAGACAGGAUAACGUUUACUUUUGGGCAGGUAAAUUUGUAAUCGGAUUACCCUGCCAAAUAUUUAACAUGUAUUGUACAUUUGAAGCUUUAAAUCUGGUCACAGGGGACAAAAAUUCACAUACGUGUAGACCAUGUGUUGAAAUGUGUGUUAUAAGAUGUUUACAUAGAAUAUGUGAAGUCAUUUUCAGAUAUGUAAUUCUGAAAUUCCAAUACCAGAUUGGACAGGAGCCAGGGCUGGGUAUAAUGUGUUAAUUUUAUAGAGAAGCUGUACUUGCAGAAUAC